GGCUGGCCCGGGCGCAGGGAUGCAAGUGGGCCAAAGGGCAGCUCGAGAGGGACACGCGCCUGGGCGUGGGCCUAGGUGCCUUCAGGGUGCCUCGGCCAGGUCUGAGGCCUCUGGGGAAACUGCUGCCCUGCGCAUCUGAGUGACCCGGCCGGAGGGCGCGAAGACAAAGAGGCCGGAGCGCCUCAGCCGCUGCUCCCGCAGCCUACAGCCCUCGGGGCCCCGCUACGGCUGCGCUCGCCCCAGGAGACCCGUUCUUACUGCCCUUCGGGCCCGUCCCUCCACGACUCAGUGUGACUUUCACAAGCCCGGUACCGGGUCUCGCUCCAGGAGCUGGCCAGCUUCUUCCGACGCGCGAGGCUGCCCAUCAUUAGUCCUACACCCUCGCUGGUCACUCCAGCUGCGAGGGAAAAACACGCCCGGCGUUCAGCCCUCGAGUUUGUGCGGGGCGGAAAUUGAUAGUUCGGAGCCCAAGGAGCGGGGCACAUGAAGAGGGCGGGAGGGGAGACCGCGGAGGUCCAGGGGGCUUCUGCUGCGACCCCGGGGUUCCCGCAUAACGACGUCACCCUCAGAUGCUCUCGCGCUCUAGGUGUCCCGCAUCAUUCAAACUCACUGCAGCUGAUCCGGGGAGUUCAGUGUGCUCAUCUGGGGAAGGCGAGAUAGGAGCAUUUUGUCUUCCAGCAGCUUCUUGAGACUGCCUUAAGUGUGGCCCAGAAAUACAGCUUUUGGAAGGUCCUUCUUGCUCAUUGUUGACUUGCCUCGAAGAUGAUGCUACCUCUGAUCGCCUCUUGGAGCACGUGGGAGGUCACGCCAGCUCCGGCAAGACUUAGACUUGUGAAUAUAUUGAUGGUACCAUCUCUCUCUACCCUAGGAAGCAACUCCCCUUACAGAGAGAGCCUCAUCUGCAGUUGAUUCUCCAAGGACAUGGGAAGAUAGGUGACAGCCCUGGAACCCAGACCCUUAACGUGGAAGCAAGCUGCUUUGUGCUGUGAAGGAUGGCCAAACCCACUCUGAGAGAGAAUGGCACCAACUCUGAAGCCUUCCGCCAGCGCUUCAGGAGGUUCCAUUACCAGGAAGUGGCUGGACCCCGGGAGGCUUUCAGUCAACUCUGGGAACUUUGCUGUUCCUGGCUAAGGCCAGAAGUGCGCACCAAGGAGCAGAUUGUAGAAUUGUUAGUGCUAGAGCAGUUCUUGACCAUCUUACCUGGGGAGAUCCAGAAUUGGGUACAGGAACAAUGUCCAGAGAGUGGAGAGGAGGCAGUGACUCUGGUGGAAGAUUUAGAAAGAGAACCUGGAAGACCUGGAUGUUCGGUCACAGUCCCUGUGAAGGGGGAGGAAGUAUGCCUGGAGAAGAUGACACCCCUGAAAUCAUCACGAGAGUUAUUAAGUGUUCAGCAGGAAUCAGUGGAACCCCAGCCCAGCGGCGGACUCAAGAAAGAGAGGGCAAGAAGCCCAGAUCUGGGACUACAGGAGCAGAUGAACUCAAAGGAGAAUCUCAGACACUUUCAAAGGAGCGGAUUUCCAUUUCCUAAAUCUGGUGUGGUCUCCAUGUUGGAGCAAGGUAAGCCGUGGAUUCCAGAUCUGGGCUCCAGGGAGAAAGAAGUCCCAAGAGGCAGCCACACAGGAGAUAGACGAGUGCAUGCUGACCUACUGCCCUCCAAGAGAGAGAGGAGAAACUGGAUGGAACAGGAUCACUGGGGCUUUGAGGAUGAGAAGGUGGCUGGUGUGCACUGGGGCUAUGAAGAGACCAGAACUCUCCUUGCAAUUCUGAGCCAGACUGAACUUUAUGAGGCUCUCCGAAACUGUCACAGAAACAGCCAAGUGUAUGGGGCUGUGGCCGAGAGACUGCGGGAGUAUGGCUUCCUCCGGACCCUGGAACAGUGUCGGACCAAGUUUAAAGGCCUUCAGAAGAGCUACAGGAAAGUCAAAAGUGGCCACCCACCUGAGACCUGCCCCUUCUUUGAAGAGAUGGAAGCUCUGAUGAGUGCUCAGGUCAUUGCCCUGCCCAGUAAUGGCCUGGAAGAAGCAGCCUGUCACUCUGGUCAGGUGGGCAAUGAUGAGCCUGAAGAACCCCAACAGGGAGGUUGGCAGCAUGAGGAGGAAGCAGAAGAGGCUCAGGCUGAGGAGUCUGACAGUGACGAAAUGGACCUAGAGACCACCUCCCAGGACCCUGGUAACUCAGCUGCACCUGUCGUGUUCCGUAGUCCAAGUGGUGUACACUGGGGCUAUGAAGAGACCAAGACUUACCUUGCAAUUCUUAGUGAGACUCAAUUUUAUGAAGCCCUCCAGAACUGUCACCGAAACAGCCAGUUAUAUGGAGCAGUGGCUGAGAGGUUAUGGGAAUAUGGCUUCUUCAGGACACCAGAGCAGUGUCGGACCAAGUUUAAAAGCCUACAAACCAGCUACCGGAAGGUCAAAAAUGGCCAAGCACAAGAGAUCUGCCCCUUUUUUGAAGAAAUGGAUGCUCUGGUGAGUGCCCAGGUUGCUGCUCCAUCUAUUGAUGGCAAAGAAGAGGAAACAGCUUCUUGCCCUAUCCAGGGGACCAGUGAUGCUGAAGCUGAGAAGCAAGCUGUGGACACAGAAGAGGCCAUAGAGGAAGAUUCUGAUGACAAUGACAAGGAUAUUGAGAUACCCCCAGGGGCUGUCUUGACCCAUGCUCCAGUAUUAUUCCAAAGCCCCAGUGCACAUACAGUACUGUACAGUAUUAUUCAAUCCAGCAUGGCUCCAAAGAAAGUACAGAGCAAGCAUGGUGGUAAAAAGAAAGUGCAGAGCAGUGAUGAAGGUAACAAGAACACGCAGAGCAAGAAUGACGGUAACAAAAAAGUGCAGAGCAAGAGCGGUAAGAAGGUUUUGAAGAAGAUAACCAUUGAAUUGAAGAAGGAAAUUGUAGAAAAGCAUGAGCGUGGUGUUCGUGUGACUGAUCUGGCCUCAGAGUACAAGAUGGCGAAGUCAACAAUCUCGACUAUCUUGAAGAAUAGAGAUGCAAUCAAAGGAGCUGAUGUGGCAAAAGGAGUAACAACAUUAACCAAGCAGAGGACACAAGUGCUGGAAGAGGUGGAAAAACUUCUGUUGGUGUGGCUGAAUGAGAAACAGCUGGCAGGUGAUAGAGUUAGUGAAGCUAUGAUCUGUGAAAAAGCCAGGAAACUGCAUAGUGAUUUACUGCAAGAAAAUCCCUCUACGAGUACAACAAAUAAUGAAUUUAAAGCCAGUAGAGGGUGGUUUGAUAAAUUCCGCAAGAGAAGUGGCAUCCACAGUAUGAUGAGACAUGGUGAGGCUUCCAGUUCUGCCAAGGCAAGAAGCCUACAGUAAGAAAUGAAUGAAUUUUGCGGAAUUCAUGAAGCCAGGACACAUUGCUCAACAAGUGUUCAACUGUAAUAAAACAGGGCUGUUCUGGAAGAUGCCAAACAGAACCUAUAUAAAGCAAGAGGAAAAGGCACUGCCCAGGCACAAGCUCAUGAAGGACAGAUUGACACUUUUGCUGUGUGUGAACACAAGUGCCAAUUUGAAGAUUAAGCCUCCACUAAUAUACCAUUCCUAGACCCCUUGUGUAUUUAAAGAACAGAAUAUGAACAUGACCAGACUGUCUAUCAUGUGGAGGGCCAAUACAAUUGGGUCACAAGGCAAUUGUUCAUGCGAUAGCUGCAUGAGGUGUUUGUACCCACCAUUAAGAAAUAUCUUUCUGAAGUCAGUUGCCUGAAAGGUAUCUUCUGAGGGACACUGUCCUGGCAUAUCUUCCAGCAUUGGUGGAUGAUAUGGAUGUUGUGUAUUAACUUUACCAAUACAACAUGUCCCCCUAACACAACACCUUUCUUGCAGCCCAUGGGCCAUCAAGUGAUCUGAAACUUUAAGAAGCUGUAUACAAAGGUGCUCUUCAUUGGAUGUUUUAAUGUCACUGAAAAGAUGUCGUUGACUCUGAAAGAGUUCUGGAAGAAACAUGUUUAUGUCCUCCACUGCAUCAACAUCAUUGACAAAGCCUGGGAAGAUGUCAUGUAUUGGAUCUUAAACUCAGCCUGGAGGAAACUGGCCAGAAUGUGUCACUGAACAUGACUUUGAAGGGUCUGAUACACAGGUGGUGGAGGAGAUUGUGUCCAUGGGCAAGAGUAUGGGUCUGGACGUCGAUGGUGCAGAUAUAGAAGAGCUCUUUGAAGACCAUAAGGAGGAGGUGAUGAUGGAAGACAGCAGAAGGCACUUGUUGAGGAGCAUUCUACUGAGGAAGCGGAAGACAGGGAGGAGGUUAGCAGUGACUGAUGUGAUAAAAUCCAUUGUGGAAAAGUGAAAUGAGUCCCAGGAUUUAUUUGAGAAACACCAUCCCAACAUUACCAUAACGAAUAGAGUGCUGAAUCUGAUCAAGAAUAACGUGGCCUCUCAUUUCUGGAAGGUUACCAACACAGGAAAAAAACAAGUGACAAUAGAUUUUUCAUCAAAAGUUGACCAUGCAGCUAGAGACAAAGAGAGGAAACCUCUACAGGAGAU